UUAUUUACACCCUCUAAAUAAGAAAAGAAUAUAUGCAUGCAUGAACAAUUGAGGAGGAAGGUGAAACGAUGAGCCGAAACAUGAACAAUUUUACGCCUUUGCCAGGGCUUCGGAGAACAGAUUCUAGAGCCUAUGGUGCUCCUCAUCACACUUCCAAUAAUCCUCAUGAAUUCAAUGAAGUACCUGUGUUUUACAGAUCUCAUCAUUCUUCUAGGGCCAAUGAUGAGAGGAGUUCAGGUGCUCAAGAUCCUCUCCAAUUGUGGGAAAUCAGAAGAACUCCUGCAGAACAUCACAGGAUACCAUAUUUUCCAUUACAACCACAUAGAAGACAACAAACUUAUAAUCACAAUGAGGACAUGAGAAGAAGGGGCUACAACCCCACAAGAAUCAGAGAGAUUUUCCAGCAUUCACCUUCAAGGUCAACAUCAACACAGCAAACAAACACUCGAGUUCCACAAUCGGUAGAAAAUUCCAAAUCGACUUUAUUAAGCAAGUUAAGGAAAGUAGUGUACGACCCUACACCAAAGCGUUUAGCUAGAAAAGUGAGCUUAUAUUAUAGAGGCAAUGCUGCAAAUGAUUUGAAAGAGAGUGUUAAAGAAAAGACGGAAGAUGGUAUGAGAUGUGCUAUUUGCUUGGAGGAUUUUGAGGCCAAAGAAGAGGUGAUGCUUACUCCAUGCAACCACAUGUUUCAUGAGGAUUGUAUAGUAACUUGGUUAACAAGUAAAGGUCAGUGUCCGGUUUGUAGGUUUGUGAUUUUUGAAGGAGCAAAGGAAAAAACAUCUCCCUUUAACAGGAAUGACAUUACCAAUUUGGAACCCGAUGGCGUGAUCUCUGCAGAGCUUUUGUCAGUUUUGAGGGCCAUGGAAGAAGCUUUUCAUUUAGAGAGUGUGAAUUACUGACAGUUUUUUAAAAUCGAACUUGACAUCAAACCGGGGAGAAUUUGGAUUAUGGUUCAACUAUCUUGAACUGUUCGAACUGAGACGAAACUGCGAUCAAACCCCCAAAGUAACUGAACCGUAUUAAAGAUUUGGUGUAAGGCUCAAUCGGUUGAAUUGUCCGAUUCAGUUGUUAUUUCUCAAUAGUGUAGUAUAGUACUUGAUCCUUAUAAUGAAUGAAUGACAUAGAAGUAUACAUUAGUUAAAUAUUAAUUUUAUAAAACUGUUUGUUGAUUUCUGAA